GCCAGCUGCUAGCUUGCUCUGUGCAGCAGUAGGAUCAUGUUUACCUCCCAAACCUCGUCCUUCCAGGAUUCAAUUGACGUGGAAGAGAGAGAUGACUUUGACAGCGAGGAAAUUGCUGGAUACAUCCAGAAAAUUCAGCUGAACAGCUACUACACCAUCUAUCUUUAUCAAGGCACAAGAUCUGAGGCUUCUGCGGAAAAUGUGGCAUGGAACCAGAGACGAGCAGACUCCACAACCAGUCAGGAUGACUUUAGCCUGACACUGAUUGACAGCAGCCUGCCAUCAGAGGCCGAACCUGAGCUGCGGACCUACAUUUCAAGGAGGCUGAGCAAAGGUGCCCUGCUGGGAGGCAUGGGCAACAUCGCUACUGUGGAACUCAGUAUCCCAGAGCAGGCAGUCGGCUGCUACUGCUGUCUCCUGGAGCAGGAAAGGUCUCCUGAACAGCCUGAUGCUGAUGGAAACGGAUAUGUCAUCUGCUUUAUGGGCGGCUCUGAAAAAGGACUGAACUUGUUUAGAUUAGAACUUGAUAAAUAUGUCCAAGGCCUGCAUAGCAGCCUGCAAACCCCAGAGCUGCUGAACCUUGAGACGGAGGUGCGUCCCUAUCUGAGCCAGUGGUACGAGGAGUCUGUGAUGCAUAUUUAUCGGGUGGUGCAGCUGGUCCAGAGCAACAUCAGCUUCUUGCUGCAUGCUGCUCUGAGUCACACACAUGUGGAGGUCAAUAAUGCAGAUGAGAAGACAAAGGCUGAUGUGUCCAGGUUCAUCAAAGCAGCCAGUUUGCAGGGUCUGUCCCAACAAGACACUACAACAGCUUCUCUGUGUAAGGCUAUCUCAGAGGACACACAAUCUGACCUGGUCAUAGACUGCUCCACCAGCCCACCCACACUCUCGAACACUGUCAGUAAUCGUUUCUGUGAUGACUGGAUUCAGGCGUUUCUUAAUGCUGCAGAGCGUUGUAAUCCUUUCCUGCUCAGACAGAUUCUGGAGAACUUCAAACUUAAGGCCAUCCAGGACAUGAACAGCCUGAAGCGUUUUGUGCGACAGGCAGAGAUGAGUCACUACGCCCUGUUUCGCUGCUGCCAGUUCCUACAGGGCUGUGGAAAUGGGGAUGUGCUGCUGCAGAAUGCCAGGGCAGAGCACAGCGACAUGCCUGAAGCCUGCACCAUCGUCACUGUGCUGGAGGAGUUCCUCAAGGAACAAUCCCAGGCCCAGGCCUGAUUCCAUUACAAAACCUAACUCCAAGUUGUUGGGCCUGGAUCUUUUGUCCAUUGCUGCUGGUGAGAAAGUCUGUACAAUAACCUGUACAAUUCUAAACCUAGCACUACAUCCUAUGUUAAACAUCAGUUAGCCAAACUUUAGCAGUGGGGACAUUUUUAUCUGCGUUAUAAAACGUUAUGUUUCCUGCGCUGAAACUACUGCUGCUACUCAGCAAGAAGAUUUGUGGUCAGACCUGUAAUAUGUGCUGUAAAACACUGACAACUGACACCCAAUGAUAGUUUGACUCUGUAACAUCACUGCACGUAUCUUAACAAUGAAGGUUAGUUGCAAAUUGGAGAUGAUAGAAAAAAGGAAUUGACAACGGCCUCAGUGUGCAGAUCAGUUUAGAUCUAGUUGUAGCGUGGCACUUUCCCUAUCGCUUUCCUUUUGCAUUUUCUGUGUGUGUGAGUGUGUGUGCAACAAUACUUUGAACCAAAUAUUAUUACUCUUGUUUUGCUAACUGACAAUGAUCACAACACAGACCUGAUCCAAACUAAAGCUUCUACUUCGUGGAGUGGAAUUAUAUAUUACUUAUUUGAUGUCCAAAUAUGUUUUUGUAUUUUAGUCGAUCUUUUGCGAAGAAACACAUCGAGAAUGCACAAAUCACUUUUAUGCAUUGCUUGUUACAUAGGUCUGGUCUGUGCUUACACUUUAACCUAAUACCUGCACUACAAUAUUAUUUUUGUCUGGUGAAUACUGCUAAUGUAUGUAUGUGUCUAUCAAGUGAUAUUAGAUGUAAGUUUAAUUAUGCUCUGUAAAUACAGUGUUGUAGAUACAGUGUAAUAUUGUGGGUGUCAUCAAGCAAGCAGCUUGUGGAAGGCUCCAGUCACACGCAAUGAGUGCACGGUAUAGUGCACACAUAGGUCGGCCGCCCAAUUCUUUAAUUUGGACUUUUGGACGGACUUAUUACAGUUCUGUGACAGCCACAGAUACCACGUUUUAUUUUUUGGCAAGUUAUUAAUUGCUGUUGGGAUGUUAAGAAGAUUUCAACAAACUUAACAAAACAUUUCCACCAAAACCACCCUGACUUUAAUAGCAUUCACCAGCUGAAGACUUUGUGAGAACAAAAGAGGCACUAUGUUCACUCACUACAUUUAUUUAAUUUCAAAGGUUUAGCAAAAUCACAUUAUUAUAUAUAAUAUUCUAAAGAGAACAAAUGUAGAAUAAAAGUAGAAGAUAUAUACAAUUGCUCACAGUAAAUGUUGGCAUUCCUAUGUUUUAUUUUUCCUUUCAUGUUGUACCUGCAACACGUUUUAUAUAUUCCAUUAAACCCAGGGUUUAGAACCAUUCCCAUUCAAACCAGUCCAAAGUGUGUAAUACAGCAAUAUGGUUGGUGGUGUAUACUUUAAACUGUGAAACAGGUAACAUGUAAAUGAGUAAUUCUAUUGUUGUGAACCAUAGUGUGAGUGACCCACAGUGUGUAUGUGUUGACAUUUCUGUUAUAAAUGACUGUUCUGUCUUGUGUAGAAGGAGCUGGAAUAAAUACCACAGUUGAACCCUA